AUGCCGUGCUGUGCCAUGCUGAUCACACCAGCAGUGGGUGCCCGGGAUUGCCUGUGGGCGCUGUGCAGCUACUCCACCCCACAGGUGAUGGUGGUGAGGAACGGGCACCUCGGCACCAGGCACCGUGCGCUGCAGCUCCUCGUCCUGCUUUACUUGGUCAGGCGAGGGCGCUGCGUGCCCAGUGCUGGCGGCACCGAGAAGAGCUCUGAAAUGCUGGCUUGGUGUCCAGCAGAGGAAGUGAGUGUCGGUGAGUCCCUGGCGAAGAUGGCACCACAGUUCCCCAUCCUUAUCAAGAGGAACAUCCACUUCCCCUGCUUCGGCUUCUCCAAGAGCAACAUUCAAGCUGCUGAGAGCAGUUACUUGAAAAGCUGCACCUUCAACACCACCUCUGCCCUUUGCUGCCCCAUCUUCAUGGAGCAGGCGGGAGAGAACUUAAGGGAGCUGGCAGAGAAGGGUGGGGUGGUCAUCAACUGGAACUGUAACCUGGGCCUGCCUGAAACCGACUGCAACCCCCACUACUCCUUCCACCGCCCCGAUCCCAAGACCACUUCAGCUUCCCCUGGCUACAGCUGCAGUCCUGCAUCCUCCUCCUGCCCUCCCUGGAGGUCUGCGAAGUAUUACAAAUGGAAAGGGACCCACACACGAGUGUUGAUCAAGGCCUGUGGGAUCCAUAUUGAUGUCAUCGUGCAGGGCCAGGCAGGGAAGUUUAGCCUGAUCCCCACUGUCAUCAACCUGGCCGUGGCUCUGACCUCGCUGGGAAUGGGCUCCUUCCUCUGGGACUGGAUCCUGCUGAGCUGCAUGAACAAGGACCAGGUGUACAGCAGCAGGAAAUUUGAGCAGGCACCACCCUAGAUCCUGGCCCUGGAGGUUUGGUCCUCUGGGACAGAGCAGUGGCCACGCUGCCAGCAAGGCAGGGCAGGGUGCCUGGGCACGGCUGCAGGCUGGGCAGCAGCAUGUGGCUGGGGCUGCCAGGGCAUCUGGCCCCUCCAGCCAUCUCUCACCCCCGCGGCAGGCUGAAGGUGCCUCAGAGGCUGCUCC